AUGUCUUGCUUGAGUGACAGGAUAAUAGCUCGCGUUGCAGCUGGUAGUAUCAUGGAGCUCGGCGAGGUGUUCGAGAAGCUGCUGGGAGGGCCGGAUGCACCGGAUGUGGAGAGCGGUGAAGUGGCAGCGACUGGUCAGCGCCUGACGUGGGUCAGCCGGCUUCCAGGCAAUUCGAUUCACUGCCACUGCUUAUGGAUGUCGUGCGGUGCGACGUUCGCAAAGCUGGAGGAGCUGGGCCAGCACUUCCUGGAGCACUGCGCCGCAGCCGCUUCUGUUGGUUGUCCGAGUGACGCGAAGCUGCUCUGCCCGGUUCUUCAUUGCGAAAAAGUGCUCGACUCGACGGCGCAUAUGCUGCGCCAUGUUUAUGCGCAUGUGUUUCACAUGAUGCGCCAGUACGAUGGUCUCCGCACUAUUCUCAGCACCAAGGAACUGCUGCAUAUGCCAAGGUUGGCGCAUCUUUAA